AUGUAUCUUGAUGACUUGACCAUUUACUGCGCCACCGAGGCGGCUGUCCGCUCCUUCACUGAUGCGAUGAGAAAGGAGCUUAUCGCCACUAGAAUUCGUGUUAGUGAAACGGAGUUCUCUAUUGUGCGAUUCAAUGGAGACAAGUCCAAGGCUGAUGCUAUUUACAAGGGCGUCGAGCCAUUGAUCGGUGAUGAUAUCGCCGAGAUUGUUGUAUUUUCCGCUAGUCGCCGUGAGAAUGUUGUCAUCGCUGAUACCCUGGUCUUCCCCAACCCCAAGCUGCGGCUGGUAUCUUGCACCGCAAGUCAUAACUUACACGCCACGAGUCCGAUUGAAGACUAG